AUGGCCGAGGUGGGGGAGCCGGUGAGCAGAGACCCGACCAGAGGAGGAGAGUGGUGGAGGCCGCAGGGUGCGUUCAGGCGCGUGGAUGCCGGUACCUCGGCUGCCCCAGCUGGCGUGGGCAGCAAGCCCCAGUCCAGCUUCCAGAGAGCUUCUGCAAACGUAUUUCCCAGAAAACGCGCCGGGGCUUUCCAGAGAGACCGGGGUGCCGUGUGCGAAGGGAACUUCACCUGCAAGGACAACGAGGUGUGCGUCAGGCCCAGCGAGUGCCGCUGCCGGCACGGGUACUUCGGCGCCAACUGCGAAACCAAGUGCCCUCGCCAGUUCUGGGGCCCCGACUGCAAGGAGAUGUGCCAGUGCCACCCGAACGGGCAGUGCGAGGACGUGACAGGCCAGUGUACGUGCAACGCCAACCGCUGGGGGCCCAAGUGCGAGAACGCCUGCUUGUGCAAGCACGGCAAGUGCGACCAGAGGACGGGCAAGUGCUCCUGCGAGCCCAGCUGGUGGGGGCCGCAGUGCUCCAGCGCCUGCUACUGCAGCCUCAACUCACAGUGCGACCAGCAGAGCGGCAGCUGCCUGUGCCAGCCGGGCUGGUGGGGGCGCAGCUGCAACAACCAGUGCGCCUGCAGCAGCUCCCCGUGUGAGCAGUUCACCGGGCGCUGCCAGUGCCGCGGGCGCACCUUCGGCCCCCGCUGCGACCGCUACUGCCAGUGCCACAUGGGGAAGUGCAGCCAGGUCGACGGCGCCUGCACCUGCGAGCCGGGCUACCGGGGCAAGUUCUGCCGGGAGCCGUGCCCUGCCGGCUUCUACGGACAGGGCUGCAGGAGACGCUGCGGGCAGUGCAAGGAGCUGCAGCCCUGCACCAUCGUGGACGGUCGCUGCCUGGCAUGCGAGGCAGGCUGGAACGGCACCAAGUGCGACCAGGUCUGCUCUGCAGGCUUCUAUGGGGAGGGCUGUGACCAGGUCUGCCCCCCCUGCAAGGACGGCCACACCUGCAACCACAUCAACGGGAAGUGCUCGCACUGCAACCCUGGCUGGAUUGGGGACAGGUGUGAGACCAAGUGCCGCAACGGGACCUACGGCGAGAACUGCGCCUUCGUCUGCAGCGACUGCUUCAAUGGCGAGUGCCACUUCGAGACGGGGCGAUGCCUCUGCAAAGCCGGCUUCCAUGGGGCUUCGUGCAACCUGACCUGCCCUGUCGGCCACUACGGCGUGAACUGCGAGGAGUCCUGCAACUGCCGCGAGGAUUCGUGCAACCCCCUGACCGGGACCUGCCACAUGGAGGCCAACCAGCGGAUGGGGGUCGUCGGGGCAGUCGCUCUGCUGGCCUUCCUGCUCAUCCUGCUCCUCUCCCUCCUGAGCUGCUGCUGCAUUUGCCGCAAGAAGGACCGAGCGCGGGACCCGAGCCAGACCCCGGCCCAUGAGAAGCCCCCCAAAUGCCUCUGCGGCAGGUUCAGCCGGAUCAGCAUGAAGCUGCCUCGGAUUCCGCUCCACCGCCAGAAGCUGCCAAAGGUUGUAGUGGCCCACCACGACCUGGAGAACACCAUGAACUGCAGCUUCCUCGAGCCGCCAUCCGUGGUGGAGCAGCCGUCCCCAUCUUGGUCCUCCCGCGGGUCCUUCUCGUCCUUCGACACCACAGAUGAGGGGCCCGUUUACUGCGUGCCGCACGAAGAAAGCGCCGGCGACAGCAAGGACCGCAUCUCUGCCCUGUGCAGCCCAGGAGAGAAGGUGGCGCUGCCCAUCAGCGAGGAGGAGGCCGGAGAAUACACGGUCCUGAAGGAGAGCAGCUCCACCCAGGCGGACUGCAGCGAGGCGCCUCUGCUCAAGUCCUCCGACAGUGAGCGCUCCUCGUGCGGCUCAGGCUCCGUCAGCGGGGCUCUCUACGCCCGGAUCGCCCGCCUCUCCAAGCAGUCCCGAGACGACGACGAAAGCGCCACGGAAGGCAAGAACGCCAAGCCCCCCUCCCCCGAGAGGGCCAAGCCGCCGCCCCCAGACCCCUCCACGAAGCCCAAGAUCUCCUGGAUCCACAGCAAAUACAACUCCAACCAGUCCAACUCCUUGCCUGCCAUCGCCGCAGCCGACCUCUCAGAGCACAAGCACGGGCUGGCCAAGCGCAAGAGGAGCCCCAGCGAGACGUCCAGCGGGGCUCACAGCCGCGCCGAUGACAAGGCGCCCCCGAGGGGCAAGGAGAAGGCCCCGAAGCAGCCCAAGGAUGCCGUUCCCUCGGAGGGCCGGGCACCCGCAGCCGCGGGGGAGCAGCCAUCACCGUCCAAGCCCAAGCAGAGGCACAAGGCUGGCUCGGAGCACAUGGAGAACAUCAACGGGGCCGUCCAGAACGCAAUCAAGAAGAUGGGGAGCUGCCCCCCGGAGCGGAAGGCCGGGGAGGAGCCCAAGGGCCCCGGCCACGGCAAGCCCCGCUCCGAGGUGGUCCACCCGCACCUGUCCUUGGAGGCGGCCACCCUACUGGCCGCGCAGCUGAAGGAAAAGACUCAGAGCCUGAACAGGGGGGACGGGGGGGUGAGGCAGAACGGGGUGAGCCCCCUGCCCGCCCAGAGGGAGCGGCCAACGCCCCCACAGAAGGCCAGGCGCUCCGUGGCAACCAGCGGCCAGAAGUCCAGCAAGCCAGUGCUGCCCACGUCCCCCAACCUGCAGAAACUCAUCAGCCCCAUUGCGGAGGCCGCCACUGGUGACCCCAAGAGGCCAGAGAAGCAGAGCUCCACCGGGAGCCCCGAGCUGGCCCCCGCGCCCAGCGAGCAAGUGGUCAAGAAGACUCCCAUCAAAAAGCCGCCCAGGAAGAAGACGAGGGAGGCCACCGCGGACCAGCCCAAGGCCGCCACGACGCCCACUCAGACUGUGCCGUGAGGCGGGGGCAGUGGGGAAGGGUCCUGCCGAGAGGAGACGGUCCCGUGGGGCUGGGGAGGGCGGGCAAGCGAGGGAGGAUCCAUCUGUGCGAAGCAAGGCUCCGGAGAAGACCCGGCUGCGCUCCCCACACUGAGGCGUGGGCCUUGACAGAACCCUUCCCCACCAACAGAGGACCCGAAGCACUUCCAGUUUCAAGCCCCCUUGCAGAGGGGCAGAGGGGAUCUUGUGGACCAAGCGCUGGCGCCUGG